CCCAUGUAUUCACUGAUAAGACUGGUACUCUUACCUGCAACAAGAUGGAGUUUAAAGGAGCAGCUGUUGGGGGCAAGCUCUAUGCUAGCACAGAUGUCUCACCAUCUACAACCCUACCGGAUGAAGAUUCCAAUGAUAAGGUCAAAAGGGAACCGUCAUACAGCUGCUGGCCACCUCCUCCCAAGUUCUCUGGUGUAUUACCGUGUUCUGACGAGCUGGUGAGCAUGAUGAGAAAGGCUUUGGCCAAGGAAGGGAGGGGAUCUUCCAACACUUUGCAUGAAUUCCUCUUUGCCCUAGCUAUCAACCAUACGUGCGAGAGGGCACAGCCUCCUGCCAUGCCAGAUCCGGAAUAUCAUACUGAUCCCGAUGAAGGUAAAAGUGGGGGAUGCCUUAGUGAGGCAUUAAAGAAGGCGAAAGGACGGAUGAAAGGUAGAGCCAAGUUGGAUAUCUAUGCUGUUCGAGAGGAUGGAGAUGUUGUGGCCUCUGAUGAUGAUGUUGUUGUUGAUGAUGAUAGACGAAAGAGUGAAGGGGGCAUUGAGGCUGUGUACCAAGGGACAUCACCCGAUGAGAGUGCUUUGGUAUCAGCGGCGGGUUACUUUGGCUUGAGGUUUACGGAUAGAACACCAGACAGUAUCGAUAUAACUCUACUGCCUGAAGGAGAUACAAAGACUAUGGAUCUAUUACAUGUGGUGGAAUUCACUAGUGAGCGGAGGAUGAUGUCUGUUGUGGUAGCUGAUAGCAGUAUACCGAAUACCCCGGAUAAGAUGGUAUAUGUGUAUACUAAGGGAGCGGAUAGCUCCAUUCUACCAAAAUGUACAGUGGAUACUUCCGAGGCUAAAGCUACCAUGUCCCAUACUCAGCGUCAUGUUAGAGAGUUCGCUGAUCUAGGAUACCGUACAUUAUGUGUAGCCAUGCGUAGGAUGAAGUGGAGUGAGUGGUGUGGUAUAGCUCAUGAGAUAUCUGCAGUACAAGAUGAUAUAUACAAUAAGGACAGUCGUAUGGCUGUUAUCGAAUCUACUUUGGUAGAGGUUAAUCUCACACUACUAGGAUGCACUGCAGUAGAGGAUAAGUUACAAGAAGAGUUCCACAGACCAUCGAGGCUUUAA